AUGCAGAGACUGCGUUCGACCUUCAAGAGGUCGCGCACACCGACCGGGUCGGAAAUGAAGUCACAAUCGAGUUUGGAAGUGCCCAAGCAAGUGAGAUCAGCGUCAUUCGAUGAGAUACAGUUGGAGGCUAAGCGUCAGGACGAUCAGUCUAAAUAUCGUGAUUUGUUGACUAAAAUAAACACGGCAUCAUCGUCAUCGUCGUCGUCACCAGCAAGGUCGUCAGACCAACGUCUGGCGACCCUGCGGGUGCCACAAUUGCAGAAUGCGCAGAGAUCAAAGUCAGUUGAUGUUUAUGAGAGGGGCUCGCUCCUUUCGUCGUCACCAGCGAGAUCGUCUGGCUCCUCAGGAUCGAGAAAGAGUGACACACCGUUGAUACAGUUGUCUGGUUGCUAUCACUGUGCAUGCGUUGAGGAGUGGAAGGCACAGUUUCUCAGGAAAGAUGACAAUGACUCGGAGCCUGAGGACGAGGAUCUCGAGGAGAUUAGCAUUGAAGUUGUUGACACUGAUAAUGAUGAUGAAACGAGGAGAGAUGGCAGCCCGGAGAUUCGGGUUACUCUCACCAAUUUUGAGAGAACAUCUGAUUGUGAGACGUGUCGUGACGUCAGUGACGUCAGGCCGGAGGUUGUACCUGGUGAGAGACCUCGAAGACUCUCGCGACAGGAAGCUGUCAUAUCAUUUCCCAUUGAUCUACCUUCAAUUCUUGGUCCAGAUGACGACGACGAAGAGUCGAGGGGCGACGAUGAUGACGAGGACAGGGACAAUGAUGUGGAAAAGUGCAAACUCGUGGUCAGAGAUAUUUUUCUAACUGUACCUGAGUUGAAGAGAGAUCGUGCCGCGUCUGUUGAUUCGUGUUUCAAUAAUAAAAAUGGUAAUGGUGAUGGGGGUGACUGUCUUGCUGUGCCCCAACAGAACACUAGAUCCAAGAGUGUUGAUAUUGUUUUGCCUACUGAUCAACAGACGAGGUACACUGCUUUACUACCCAGCAAGGAUCACAGAGCCAGAGGAGGAAGGGAGGAGGCUGCCAGUGGCAGCAGAGAGCCAAGAUCAACCCCGGAUUGGGGCCCCGAUGCCGUCAAUGGUGAGCAUCUAUGGGUGCCCACUGCAGCUUCUGGGGAUUUCUGUUACGCCAAUGAUUGUUCAAAACACGGACCGAGGCUGAAGUGCGCAGCAUGCCGGGUGGUGGCACACGCCCUGUGCGCCGGAAAUUUGAAUUUCGAAUGUAAACCAAGUUUUCGAGACGUUGGAGUCCGUCAAUAUCGUGAACAAGCAUCGACCCACCACCACUGGGUGCAUCGUCGCUCGCAGAAGGGCAAAUGUGCCAAUUGCUCAAAAGCAUUUCAAUCGAAAUUGAGUUUCAGUUCCAAGGAAAUUGUGGCUGUUAGUUGUAGCUGGUGUAAGCAGGCUUAUCACAAUAAGGAGGCGUGCUUCAAUGUCGAUAGAGUUGGUGAGAAUUGUCAAUUGGGUAUACACGGUACGAUCAUGGUGCCGCCGUCUUGGAUCGUCAAGCUGCCGCGAAAGGGUAGUUUCAAGAGUAGUUUACGCAAAUCACCGAGGAAGAAGAAGGGCGGAGCUGGAACGGGUGCGUCAUCGAGGAGAAAGAGCAAGAGUGGUGAUAAGGACAAGGACGACAAGGAUCAGGGAAAAUUGUGGGCGAUAAAGCCCAUUCCUUCCCCCAACAUUCGUCCAGUUGUCGUAUUCAUAAAUCCAAAAUCUGGGGGCAAUCAAGGGGCUAAGUUACUCCAGAAGUUUCAGUGGCUUCUGAAUCCACGACAGGUGUUUGAUCUCACACAGGGCGGCCCCAAAAUGGGACUUGAAUUGUUCAUGAAAGUGCCAAAUGUUCGGGUACUGGCGUGCGGGGGUGAUGGCACUGUUGGCUGGGUUUUGUCAAUUCUCGAUCAAAUUGGUGCGUCACCACCACCCGCCGUUGGGGUACUACCACUCGGCACUGGCAACGAUCUUGCCAGGGCACUUGGGUGGGGCGGUGGCUACACGGAUGAGCCCAUUGGAAAAAUUCUAUCAAACAUUGGUGACAGUGAGACAACACUUCUUGACAGAUGGGAAGUCAAUGUCGAGAGAAAUCCCGAUGCCAGUGGGGACGAUGAUGGGGGAAAGGGGAAGGAAAAUCUGCCACUCAAUGUCGUGAAUAAUUAUUUCUCGCUUGGGGUUGAUGCGCAUAUUGCGUUGGAGUUUCAUGAGGCGAGGGAGGCACAUCCUGAAAAAUUCAACUCUCGCCUCCGGAAUAAAAUGUUCUAUGGCCAGAUGGGGGGUAAAGAUCUAGUCCUCCGGAAAUGGAAGGAUCUGUCCGAAUUCGUGACACUCGAGUGCGACGGCCAAGACAUGACCCCAAAGCUCAAAGAGCAUCGUGUGCACGCCAUUGUCUUUCUCAAUAUACCGUCAUACGGUGGUGGCACACAUCCCUGGGGAGGUGGAAGUGGGACCAAGGAGCCAGCGACUGACGAUGGGCUUUUUGAAGUCGUUGGUCUUACCACUUAUCAACUUCCACUAUUGCAGGCCGGUGGCCAUGGCACCUGCAUCACUCAGUGCAGCACAGCUAAAUUAAUCACUACGAGAACCAUUCCGAUGCAGGUCGACGGUGAGGCAUGUCGCUUGCUUCCCUCGAUAAUUGAUAUUAAACUAUUGAACAAAGCGACGAUGUUGGCAAAGCGUAGAAGAACGAGCAAGCCAUCUCAGAAUGUUGGAGCCAAGUUGGAGAGUUUGAAAUUACCCCUAAUGAGGAUUAAGAUGGCUGACUACAUGGCAUACCACUCGGACAAACAUCGUCUGAGAAAGGCAGCUGUUGCCUGGAGGGCGGAGCCCCUGGAUCUCGAAGCAACAAUGGAUCUCGAGUCAUUGAGACAGAUGUUGGCGAAGGAGUAUCCGAUGGACUCGUGUUGUUUCCUCGAUUCCUACACAGCAGAGAGAUUCUUCAGGAUCGAUAGAGCCCAGGAGCAGCUCCAUUACGUGACUGAUGUCGCUGCCGAGGCGGUUUACAUUCUCGAUGAGGACUCUGGUAGUCAGACAGCUAAUGAAUCGGACACAGCGAGUCAUCCUGAGCCGGAGACAGCUCAGGCAUCCCCUUGCGAGGAGAAAUCACUGCGACCCACUUUGGUGAGUGACGAGGGGCCUCGAGCGCCCCUUGAGAAGAGAAAAGAGGCUGUGGAGAAGGCCAAGAGCUUCGAUUCAGUCUCCGAGAGGAGAUUCGACUUGCAGAAGGACCGCAAGAGCUUUGAGGAUGUCAAUGAAGACAGUAUGAGGAAACAGAGCUCGUCCAAACACAUCUCUGGGCCUGGGCAGUCACACAGGGAUCAGGGCUCCACGUUCAUCAGCCCUCGGGACAGGCUGUUCAGUCUGUCGUCGGAGGUUCACACCUUCAAUAGUGGUCUUCUCGAGAAGACUUCGGACGGAAUCAUCAGGGCGGCCAAGGUUGGGGAUCUAAAGACACUCAAGGAACUUCAUGAGAGGGGGUAUUCACUUCUGUCCAUCGAUGCCAGUGGACAGACGGCUCUGCACAUCGCUGCCAGACAUGGGCACAAGGAUAUCGUUAGGUAUCUCAUCGCCUGUGCACCUUCUACUAUUCUCAAUAUGGUUGAUAACGACAAGGGACAGACGGCUUUGCACAAGGCUGCCCAACAAAAACGUCGCUCAAUCUGUUGCAUGCUGGUUGCCGGAGGGGCGACCCUGACUGUUCGAGAUCGGCACGGUAAUACAGCACAGCAGCUGGCCCUCAUUGCUGAAGACAGGGAUCUCGCAGCAUAUCUCCACAGUCAAGAGCAAUUUCAACUGGUGACAGAGGACAUGCAGAACCUUCCCUGACCUCUCGCUGUGUUUUGAGACAUCAUCAGAGGUGAUUUUGAAUUUUCAAUGUUUGAAAAUAUCAACUUGAGACGCUUUAUUCAGGCUGCUCGGGUCUAAGCUAUUUAGGGGUCCAUUUUAAUAAAAUCCUUGAGUCGUUGGAUUCCUUGAAAUGGAAUGAGGUGAACGGCUCAGGAUCGGCAUAUCUCUACUAGACGUUUAACACAAUGUAUGAAACAAUGAUUUUAAGAAAUUCGAUUGAAAGAUCCUCUAUUUUUAAUUACCUCGAAAAUUAAUAUUAGUAUAUAUUUACAAAAACGUUCACCAAAUGAUUAACAAUCCACACAUCUGUAUCUUCACGAUUGUGAGGAAAUUUGACGAUUGUUUUGUCUUUUUAUAACAUAAGAUAAUUCAUCUCGUGAUGGUAAUCGUGAUGAGAGUAAAUAAUAUCGAACUGUUAAUAACGAUUUUAUGAUGAGGAGUUAUUUCAUCAAUGAAUCUCUUUGUCAGAUGAUAAUCAAGUCGAUUUUAAAGUUAUGAAAAAAAAAGUAUUAAUUGUGCCGGUUGGAAUUUACUCGAAGGACCUCGGCAUAAAUCUAUUAAUUAAUGUAUCGCAAUCAGAUCACAUCUAUUGAAUUGUAGACCUAAAGCGUGUCUAAUUCGUCAGUUGGUAUUACAAGAAGGAGAGGAAUAAUUUUGGGCGGUGAGGGGGUGGAAGAGAUAUUGAAUUUAAUUAUCGGUACCAAAAUGAAAAAAAUGGGGAUCAACGUACGAACACCAAUUAGUUCUUAGAGACGGUCUAUUGCUAAACUAUACUAAAUUAUAUUUAAACUACUUAAUGAGGGACUAAGUUAUGAAUAAUUUUUGACGGACUUCAUGCCCAUGAUUUUUCCCCUGUGAAAUAACAGAAAUAUCUGAAGGAAUUAUUGAAAUUGUUCUUGAGGAAUGAUUUUACCAUUUUCAUUUCAUAGAGAUACUUCCUCAGGUGACAGUUUACAGAUUACACUGUUAGAAAAAUAAUUGAAAUUUCUUGGACAGUUGAGUAGUAAUUUCCAGGAGAGUGACAUUCAAUUCGAUUUAGAGGGAGAAAUAAUCAGGACAUUUUAAAUUUCACUGAAAGUUCAAUGAAAUUCGAAAUUAACGAGCAGCAGGAAAAUGAAUAUUCCCAAACUAACUUGAAUUUUCAAUCAAAACAAAAAUAUAUUCAUCUGAAUUUUGCUGGUUUACAGUUUCCAUUCAUUUUUCCAUAAAAUUUGGAAUUUUUAAUUACAAAAUUCCAUUUUUUGUGGGCAGUUGACUGAUAAUUUUCAAGAUAGAAUGCAUUGAAUUCGAUUUAGAGCGAACAGAAUCAUGAAAUUUUAUAUUUCACUAAAAAUUCUAUGAAAUUCCAAAUUUGCGAGCAACGAAAAAAUGAGAAUUCUCAAGAUGACUUCAAUUUUCAAUUAGAACACGAAUGUUUAAUACUAAAUUACCCUAAAUUUUCAAUUAAUCAUGAAUUUUUCUAAUAAUUUUUUUAAUA